AUGGCGAAAGAUCUUAUUAUGGUAAAUGUUUAUGAUAGGACCGCACCCGUCAGAGACGAAGUGCCCGACUCCCGCAACAAGGUGUGGGACGAAGAGCUCAGCCGCAUCGUGCAAGCGUGGAUCAACCAAUGCAUUUUCCAGCACGACUGUGGCAAGUGCAGAGAGACAUCACGUUUCGGCGUGGGUCAAAACCUCUACUCCGCGGGUGACUUCAAACUGAAACCCGUUGACUGGAAUCGACCUUUAAAUGCCUUUUUCGAUGAGGUCGACAUGAUGGAUAAGAGUGAGGUCGACUCCUUCCUCGGGAAUCGCGGGGUAGGCCACUACACUCAGCUUGUGUGGGGCGCGACCUCUCACGUGGGCUGCGGGUAUAUCGCAUAUAAGAAUAACAGAUAUAUACAGAGUUAUUAUGCGUGUAACUACGGCCAGGCAGGCAACUACGUGAACCGGAAGAUCUACAGCGUGGGACCGGCGUGCUCCAAGUGCCCGGAUGGUGCUUCGUGUUCCAACAAGUUCGAGGCUCUUGCUCGAUGGGUGGAGGAGGUGGAGAGGAGAGAUUCUGUGGUGUGGGAACCUAUGUAA